CAAGAUCGAUUGAAGUAGAUUUGGUACUUGGGUGAAGUAUAUAUGGAGGUGUGUGUGUCCGAAAGUAUGAGCUGUUCAAAGGUCAAAAUAGAGGAAAAACCACAAGCACAACCACCAGAAGAAGCAUUGCAGAUUAACCACACAAAUUCUUCAUUAAACAAAAAAAACUCAAUCUUCUCACUCACUCUAGAUGAAUUCCAAUACAAGAGUGGAAAGAGCUUUGGGUCCAUGAACAUGGAUGAAUUCCUCAACAGUGUUUGGAAUGCUGAGGGCGGAAACGUUCAAGCUGAAGCUGAAAAUGUGGAAGACGCCACCACCGAAACUGAAGCUGCCACUUUAAUUAGACAAAGCUCUUUUACCAUCCCUACCCCACUUUGCAAUAAAACCGUGGAAGAAGUCUGGUCGGAGAUCACUAAAAAUCAGUCCAACGCCAUUGACAACGAUGUUCAUGAACUACAGCUGGCUCAACCCCAACAAACCUUUGGGGAGAUGACUUUGGAAAAUUUCUUAAAAAAGGCAGGGGUCAUUCAAGAAGCAUCUUCGUUGAUAUCUUCUGACCAACAUAGAAUGCUAGAAGUAGUACCUUUCAGAAAUCUCUGUGGGAGUAGUUAUCCAAGUGAAAGUAUGUGUUUGGAUGUGAACAUUGCUGAGACAGGACCUGUGAUGGGCUUUGAAUUAUCUAAUGAUCACUCAAAUACAACUGGAAACAACUUGCUAGCUGAUAAUGCUGCUUCAAUGUACCAUAUGUUCACACAAAGUGGUAGGUUUGUGGGAGAGUCCUUUGGUAAUAAUGCAAAUGGGAAAUGUGUUCGGGCAUCCAACGUGGGUCGGCCUAAGGGCAGAAGGAGGUCAAGUGGUACCCUGGAGGUGGCUGUGGAGCGUAGACAACGCCGGAUGAUAAAGAACAGAGAGUCUGCAGCCCGAUCUCGCGCCAGAAAACAGGCAUAUACUGCAGAAUUGGAGUUAGAGUUAAACCUACUAAGGGAAGACAAUGCGAGACUAAAGCAAAUUCUGGUUGAAGCUCAAAUGAAACGAAGGCAAGAGGAUUUAUCGGGGCUGUGCUAUUCAGAUAACUGGGCAGACUUUGGAGUUCGAUUUUAUCCUUCUCGACAUGAUGGGCUUUGA